AUGUCUGACAACCAGCAGAAUAAGAGGAGAAGCAAAGAAGGUUGUGGAAGUGUUGUUGCUCUUCAGAAUGCAGAUAAGAUAAUGAAAGAAAUGCAUCAGUCAUACAAAGCUCUAGGAGCAAACAGCCAAAUAGCACCAACAUCCAGACUGUGGUCAGAUCAACAAGUAGCAUGUUUUCCAAGUAAAAACCAGUUAGCCUUACAGAUGAGACAUCACACUUCUCUACCUUUCUUCCUGAAGAAACAGAACAUAGAGCGUGGCUUUGACUUCAGCUUUCUGCUACAGGCCUCAUGCCCAGAAUCCAACAUUUCAAAAUCAUGUGUGGAUUUAGAUGCUUUUCAGAUAGUAAAAGCAAAAAUACAGCAAAGGUUAAAUAUAAUAAUGCUAAAAACCAAGAACAAGAGAUCUGAGUUUCAUUUGCCACCAGUGACAUCUCAACCUGUAAGAACAAUUCAUCUUGCUCCUCUAGAGGAUAAUAUUGUCAAUGAAAACACCAACAUCAGAAGUAUUUUGAAUAUUAUGAACUCUAUUCCUCAGCCUAUAAAACCAGCUACUAAAUUUUGUCAGUAUCAGUUAGACAAUGUCUUAAAAAGGCACACUGAAAAGUCAUUAGACCUGAUUGUGGCUGCUAUUUCUGAUGAGUUCAGGCCAGUGAAAGACCUGUACUACUGCAUGAGUAUCUGUAAAGACCAUAGCAACAAGAAAGAAGAAAUUCGAAGCAAUUUGAAAUGGUGGGAAGCUGAUGUAGCUACCAAUACUGAAAAAAAUGACCAGAUGAAGUACCAAUUUUCAGUGGCUUGUAAGAAUGUAGAUUUUAUGACCCAAGCCAGUUUCUGUGGUAGUCAUCCCUACCUGACCUCAAGUCAAGCUCUGAUAAACCGUGGAAUAUUUGCAGCUCAGACAAUAUUUACAAUGUCAAGCGACAGAGAUGCCUCGAGAGCUGGCAAUGAGGAAAGAGCAGAGAAUUGCUGUAGAACUGGUCUAGAAGAAGGAAACACUACAGAGAUUAUACUGGAUUGUAGACCAUAUAAAGAUGCUGAGAGUGAGAACUUUGUGCUUGACAGUCAUGAUUUAGAUUGUUCCUGUAAAAAUGAAGUGAUAGAAGCCUACCAUGCCUUAGAAGAUAAUUCUAUAGCUGCAGUAAUUCCCAGAGUAGAAAUGCAAGAUCCUUCUGGAAAACAGACAGAAAAUAAUGUUUGUCUCUCUGAAUUUGAAAUGGAAAAAGAAGCAAUGUCAGAAGCAACUUCAAAAGACCAAAGGGAGCUUGUACCUGUCAUUCAUGUGACAUUCUCUGAACAAGAACCAGCUAGGGAACCACACAUUGCUAAACAACCUGCCAUAAAAACCAGUGUCAUUUGUAGUCUGCCUCCUCAUGUUACUCAGAGCUUCAACAUUCUUGCUCGCGAAGAGAAUGACAGAAGUAAAACAAAGGUGAACAGAAGUAAAUAUUCAUCAAAAUCUAAAAUGAGUAGCAAGAUAAAGAUAUCUGAAGACUUAGUUGUUUCUGAUGAGAUUUCCCCAAAAUGUAAUGCCAAGACUCAGAUUUUUCCGUCAUUGGAACUGCCACACGUGGAAUCUGAGACUUCCCUGAAGCGUCAAAAAAAACCCCAUCAAGCAAACAAAGACCAUUUUGCUCAGAAACUUAAAAAGCAAAGUUUCUCCUGCAUUUGCAAAAAAUCAGUGAUCUUGAAGAAACCUGUUACUCCAGUUUCUCUACCACAUGCACAGGCUGCUUCAGAUUUUGUAGAUCUGAAAUACAGUGACAUGUUCAAGAAAAUAAAUUCAAAUGACAAAGGCCCAGGUAUUUAUGAAAUGUUUGGAACUCCUAUCUAUUCCCACAUGCGUGAGCUUGAUCAGCAUGAGAACAGAAUUCAUAGAGAUGUUUGCUCUGCUCCAUCUGGGAGAUGCACUGCCAGCACCUGCACAUCUACCUGCAGUAAAGGGAGAGAGAGCAGCCGAGUAAGAAAUACUCGGAAGAGAACAUGUUCUAAGCCAAAGAAGAACAUACCUGGCACUAAACAAAAGCAGAAAGGUUUAAUUACGAAGGACAGAAGUACCAAGUUGAAUGACAGCAACAAAGAGCAAGAUCAUGUCAUAACCUCUGAUUCAGAUUUUCAGAUAGACACACCAAGGAGCAUGACAUUGUUUCAUGAAGAUACAGACCAUCAGCUUACGUUUUUAGAAAAGCUUUCACAAUCAACUGAGCAAAAUAAUUUGUUUUCUAAUUCAAACUUAUCAACUAUUAAAGAAGUUAGUUUGGAGCAGUCUUUAGACAGUCAGAAUAUAUCUGACCAUCAGAGAGCUGCUACCUGUAGCCAGAAUCUUCUUCAGUUCAGUGAUAAAGACUACAGAGAAUGUGUUGCUCUAAGUAGCAGCCUACUAACAACAGCCCAGAACAUUUGUGUACCCCAGUGCGGAGUGGACAUGGAUGGCUGCAAAGGCCUGGAAUCAGACCAGGCCUCCUUCAAGUCUGUAAAUAAAUAUGAAGCAUUGCCCUUUUCAGAUAGAGUGGAGUGUCAAUCCCCUACAACAAAAUUAGGUCACAGUUGGGCAUACACACCUCAAAACAGUGGUUUGGCAAAUGAAUUGACUCAGCCUUCAGUGAUUCAGAUAAAAAGUAUUACAAGCCCCAGUUUCCAGACAAGUGAAAACAUUUUGUCCUGGUCAGAUAAUAAGGAUGUGACUGAUGAGUUGCUUUGCUGUCUGGCUGAAGAAUUGCUAAUGCUUGAAGAAAAAAACAUCAGCUCUUCAAGAACAAAAAAUACGGAUUCUAAAAUGCAAAAUACGCAUACUAGGGAAGAAGAAAAUAUGAUGAAUGGAGAAGGAGCAAUAGUAAAGAGUGCUCUAGAGAAGCUGCCCACUGAUUCUUGCAGUGCUCAGUUGAGGAUACCCAUGUUAGGGGCUGCAUGUCAGGACACAAGCCAGAUGAGUUCCAGUAAAGCCUUUUCAGCAUCAAAUGAAGAAAAUGGCCUGCUAAACUUUGAGGGAUCUACUAAAUCACCAGGAAUUGGUUUAAGUAACAAAGAUCCUAUCGUGUGGACAAGAGGUGAAGUCCUUGGAAAGGGAGCCUAUGGCACAGUAUACUGCGGUCUGACAAGCCAGGGGCAAUUAGUAGCUGUAAAACAGAUUGUUUUGGAUACGUCGGAUCAGCUCGCUACAGAAAAGGAGUAUCAGAAGUUUCAUGAGGAAGUUGAUCUUUUGAAGACAUUGAAGCACGUCAAUAUUGUCACUUAUUUAGGAACUUGUCUGGAAGACAACAUUUUAAGUAUUUUCAUGGAGUUUGUUCCUGGUGGCUCAAUUUCUAGUAUUAUUAAUCGUUUUGGUCCAUUGCCAGAAAUCAUCCUUUGUAAAUAUACAAAACAAAUUCUACAGGGGGUCGCGUAUUUACAUGACAAUUGCGUGGUGCAUAGAGACAUCAAAGGCAAUAACGUUAUGCUCAUGCCAAAUGGUACAGUAAAGCUAAUUGACUUUGGCUGCGCCAGGCGUUUAGCUUGGGCAAGCCUCAGCGGCACACAGAGCGAAAUGCUCAGGUCUGUGCGUGGGACUCCAUACUGGAUGGCACCAGAAGUUAUAAACGAGUCUGGAUAUGGAAGAAAAUCAGACAUCUGGAGCGUUGGCUGCACCGUGUUUGAGAUGGCAACAGGAAAACCGCCACUGGCUUCCAUGAAUAGGGUAGCAGCCAUGUUCUAUAUUGGGGCCCACAGGGGACUGAUGCCUUCCCUACCCGAUCAGUUCUCCGGCACUGCAGUGGAUUUUGUGCAUGCAUGCUUAACCAGAGAUCAACAUGAACGCCCUUCUGCUCUGCAGUUGCUGGACCAUCCCUUUGUGAAAGAAGACAGUGAAUUUUUCAAAACUCUUGCCAAAUGA